GCCCGCAGAGCUCUGAGGCGGCCGUCACUUCUCCGAGUCGGAGCCAUGGCGACAACAGCUCAGUACAUCCCGCGGAAUAACUCCUUGCCGUCCAACCCGCUCAUGCACCCGGACUCGGACCGCAUGCACCAGGGGACCACCUACCGGGAGGUGCAGAAAAUGAUGCACCACGAGUACCUGCAGGGGCUGGCGGCCACCAACACGGGACACCCGAUGAGCCUGACGCACCACCAGUGGCUGCAGCCCACGUCCAACAGCGACUGGUCCAGCGGCACGCACCUCGGCCAGCAGGACCACAAAGGCGGCGUGGUGGGGGCGAGCCGCGAGGACUUGGCCGCCGCCGCCGGCUUCCACCACAGAUCCCACCUGGUGCACCAGCAGACGGCGGCGGGUGCCCACCACGGCGCCUGGGCUCCGGCCAGCGCGCACCACCUGUCCCCACUGUCGCCCGCGUCGGGCGGAGGGGUCGGUGGAGGUGGCGGCGGCGGCGGCCACCAGGCUCUGGUCUACUCUCAGACGGGAUACACGAACCUGAACGCGAUGCUGGGCAGCCCGCAGCCGGGCGCCCUGCACCACGGCAUGCGCGAGCCUCUCCACGACGACGCGGCAGCGGCGGUGCACGACGGUCACAUGGAGUCCCCGCAGCAGGCGUUCGGCCACCACCAGGACCACUCGGACGAGGACGCGCCCAGCUCCGACGACCUGGAGCAGUUCGCCAAGCAGUUCAAGCAGCGGCGGAUCAAGCUGGGCUUCACGCAGGCGGACGUUGGCCUGGCCCUGGGGACCCUGUACGGCAACGUCUUCUCGCAGACCACCAUCUGCCGCUUCGAGGCGCUGCAGCUGAGCUUCAAGAACAUGUGCAAGCUCAAGCCGCUGCUGAACAAGUGGCUGGAGGAGACCGACUCCAACACGGGCAGCCCCACCAACCUGGACAAGAUCGCCGCGCAGGGCCGCAAGCGCAAGAAGCGGACCUCCAUCGAGGUGGGCGUCAAAGGGGCGCUGGAGAACCACUUCCUCAAGUGCCCCAAGCCGUCGGCGCACGAGAUCAGCACUUUAGCCGGCACGCUGCAGCUGGAGAAGGAGGUGGUGCGCGUUUGGUUUUGCAACCGGAGACAGAAGGAGAAGCGCAUGACGCCCGUGGGGGUCCCGCACCCCAACAUGGACGACGUAUAUUCCCAAGCGGAGACCCCCCCGCUGCACCGCUCGCUACACAGCCCCGUGCAGUGACUGACUUGACAGCCCAGGGGGUGACCCGUCCCAAACCACCCCACCCCGCCCGCCAUCCGCCACCAGGCUCCUUUGUAGACAAAUAAAAGGGAUUUCGUGGAGUUUACACUAUUUAAGUUUCUUCGACGAGACUUGGGGGGGGGGGGAGGACGUUGUGUGCAGUUUUUUGAACUUAGCAUCGGGAAGAAAUGUUGAGGGGAAAAAAAAACACAUCGAGCGAAAAUUAUCCCAUUUAAAGCGAGACAAAGAUUUAUUUACCAAAAUUAUAACGGAGGAGAUGUAAGGAGAAUCAGCAUCUCCUCCCCCCUUUUUUGGGACCGUGAACGCACCACACGCCUGCAAAAACCAACAAAAACACUGGAGAUGAAAAGUAAGCACUGAAUGAACUUUUUUUUGCUCAUUAUUAUUAGUAAUAUUAUUAUUUGAAUGAUCGUUUUUUUCCCCCAAUUAUUAUUUCCAAACCAUCCACCCUGACUGUUGUGUUUUUGGGGGGGCUUGGGAAAUUUGCAGUCGUGAUUGGAGCACAUCAGGGUCAAUAACUGGGAGGAAAACGGCGGGAAAUUAUUGAUAUUCCACCUGCAGCAGGACGAACAUGUUCUGAUUGCACGCCUUAAUAUUAUUAUUAUUAUUGUUAUUAAUAUUGAGCCACACACGUCGCACGUUGUACACGCAGACGCUAAAAAAUACUGCGGAUUUUUCUUUUAUUGUGGAUUGUUCCUCGAUUUUUUUCUUUCUUUCUCUGCAUGGAGCACUUACUUUUUUUGUUGUCAAUGCAACACUUUCACACACAUUUGGGCCCCCCCGCGCGAAGUUGGAGCAACUCAGGUAACUUUCAGUGCCCCCCGACCCAGCACCUCUCAAUGUCAAAACAUGACUUUCUCCGAUACUUAAAACGCCGCGGGCCCGUGAAGGCAACGCGGCCAAGGUUGUUGUUUUUUUUUUUUUCUCCUACUUUUUCAAAUCAUAUUUAUUUGACGUCUUUGUGUGUCAUAAAGAAGUCCCCAAAAAAAGAAGGGAAAAAAACGAACAGUGCUAUUCACGAGGCAGUUGAGGGAUUUUUCUCCCCAAAGAAAAAAACAUGACAAUUAUUACAAAAUGGAAAAAAAAAAGUUUACAAAAAAAUGUGAUUUUAGAGAAAAUGUGUAAAUAUGUCCAAUAUGUAAAACUUGUAUUUGUUCUGGAAUAUGUUUUGUGUUUGUUUAUUUUCCGGGCAGUUUUGUACACUUACUAAUAAUAUCCCAGAAGAUAUUUUAAUAUGAUUUUUGAUCAUUUAUAAAUAUAUAUUUAUUAUUUCUUCAAUGUGUUCCUUUUUGUUUGUUAGCUCUGUUUUCUUUUUUUCUAUAUAUUUGUUGAAGUGGAUGACUUCACUCUCUUUCUUCAUUGGUUGUACGUUG